AUGGGGAAAAAAGGACUGGGGGGCUUCCUGUACUCCCAGGGAGCCAAGUCCUCCGCUGACUAUGAUAGGCACCCCCAUUCCCUGAGAGCCCACUCGGAGAGGCAGCAAGCUAUUCCUCAAGGCUUUGCAAACAACUUCCGGAACAAACUUCCGGUCCUGACAGUGCAGGAGACCCCAUUUUGCAGGUCUGGAGCAAAGGGUCCCGACAGUGCAGGUCUGGGAUCUGACAAUGCAGUUCUGCAGCCAGAUUCUCUUGUUUGCCCUGGAACGGAGAACAAGCUGAGCACGCUGUCUGACCUGGAUCAGCAAUACCGCACCCUGAGGAAGCUCUACGAGAACUGCGAGGUGGUCAUGGGUAAUCUGGAGAUUACCAGCAUUGAUAGAAACCGCAAUCUCUCCUUUCUGAAGUCUAUAAGAGAAGUGACGGGAUAUGUGCUGGUUGCACUGAAUCAGUUUGAGUAUCUGCCGCUGGAGAACUUACGGAUCAUCCGAGGCACCAAACUAUACGAACGUCGCUAUGCUCUGGCCAUCUUCCUGAACUACAGGCGGGACGGCUUCUACGGCCUGAGGCAGCUGGGUUUACGUAAUCUCACAGAGAUACUGAACGGGGGCGUCUACGUUGACCAGAACAAGUUCCUGUGCCACGCCGACACCAUUCACUGGCGCGACAUUAUCAAGAACCCCCAGGCAGAGCUGCUUGUGGUUCCGUCCAACAACAGCAACAAUGGAUGCAGACGAUGCCAUCGCUCCUGUAACGGACGCUGCUGGGGUCCCCAGGAAAGCCAAUGUCAAACAUUGACAAAAACGGUGUGUGCAGAGCAGUGUGACGGUCGAUGCUUCGGGCCUUACGUCAGUGACUGCUGCCAUCGAGAGUGCGCCGGCGGCUGCUCUGGCCCCAAGGACACCGACUGCUUUGCUUGCACUAAUUUCAACAACAGCGGCGCAUGCGUCACCCAGUGCCCCCAGCCGUUUGUGUACAACCCCACCUCCUUCCAGCUGGAGCCCAAUCCCAGAGCCAAGUACACCUAUGGAGCUUUUUGCGUCAAGAAAUGCCCCCAUAACUUUGUGGUGGACCACAGCUCUUGCGUCAGAGCGUGUCCCAGCAACAAGAUGGAGGUGGAGGAGAAUCGGAUCAAAAUGUGCAUUCCUUGCACUGACAUCUGCCCAAAAGUUUGCGACGGCAUAGGAACAGGCAGCCUGCAGACGGCUCAAACUGUGGACGCUAGCAACAUAGAUAAGUUUGUCAAUUGCACCAAAAUCAACGGCAACCUUAUCUUUCUCAUCACCGGCAUUAAAGGGGACAUGUAUCAUGGCAUUGGACCUUUGGACCCGGAGCGUCUUAAUGUUUUCCGAACAGUCAAGGAGAUCACAGGGUUCCUCAACAUCCAGUCCUGGCCUGAAAACAUGACGGAUUUGAGUGUUUUCUCCAACUUGGCGACCAUCGGAGGCAGAGUUCUUUAUAGCGCGGGUGGUAUUUCUCUGCUGAUCCUGAAGCAGCGCUGGAUAUCCUCCCUUCACUUCCAGUCGCUAAAUGAAAUCAGCGCCGGAAAUGUCUACAUCAUGAACAACACCCGCCUCUGCUUCUACAACACCGUCAACUGGACGUCACUGUUUAGGACCCCGGAACAAAAAGUCCUCAUGCGCGACAACCAAGACCCAAAGAAGUGCACCCAGCAGAGUAUGGUGUGUGAUCGCAUGUGUUCGGACGAUGGCUGCUGGGGUCCAGGGCCCGACCAGUGCCUCUUCUGCCGAUACUUUAAGCGAGGCCGGACCUGCGUUGAAUCUUGCAACCUCUUUGAUGGGGAAGAGCGGGAAUUUGCCAAUGGAUCCAUGUGCCUGGAGUGCGACAGCCAAUGUGAGAAGAUGGACGGAAACAGCCUUACAUGUCUUGGCCCCGGCCCAGACCAGUGUGUAAAAUGCCUUCACUUCAAAGAUGGGCCAAACUGUGUGGAGAAAUGCCCAGACGGGUUGCAAGGUGCAAACAGCUUCAUCUUCAAAUACGCCAAGGCCAACAACGAGUGUCAUCCCUGCCAUGCCAACUGCACUCAGGGGUGCAUCGGGCCAAGACUCCAAGAUUGCGUCGGGAUGAUGGACAGGACGCCUCUAAUAGCAGCUGGUGUCAUUGGGGGCUUAUUCAUCAUCAUCAUCUUGGCGCUUAGCGUUGCCGUUUACGUUCGGCGCAAGAGCAUCAAGAAGAAGAGAGCCUUGAGACGCUUCUUGGAGACAGAGUUGGUGGAGCCGCUGACUCCCAGUGGGACAGCCCCCAAUCAAGCUCAGCUACGCAUCCUGAAAGAGACGGAGCUGAAGAGGGUCAAGAUUCUGGGUUCUGGAGCUUUCGGAACUGUCUAUAAGGGCAUCUGGAUCCCAGAAGGCGAGACGGUGAAGAUUCCCGUUGCUAUAAAAAUCCUCAACGAGACCACAGGCCCCAAAGCCAACGUGGAGUUCAUGGAUGAGGCCCUGAUCAUGGCCAGCAUGGAGCACCCCCACCUGGUGCGCCUCCUUGGUGUCUGCCUGAGUCCCACCAUCCAGCUGGUGACCCAGCUCAUGCCCCACGGCUGCCUCCUGGACUACGUGCACGAACACAAAGACAACAUCGGAUCGCAGCUGCUGCUCAACUGGUGUGUCCAAAUCGCAAAGGGGAUGAUGUACCUGGAGGAAAGGCGGUUAGUCCACCGAGACCUGGCAGCUCGGAACGUGCUGGUUAAGUCACCCAAUCACAUCAAGAUCACUGACUUCGGCUUGGCCAGGCUUCUGGACGCCGACGAGAAGGAGUACAACGCGGACGGGGGCAAGAUGCCCAUCAAAUGGAUGGCUCUGGAGUGCAUCCAUUACCGGAAAUUCACCCAUCAGAGCGACGUGUGGAGCUACGGAGUGACCAUCUGGGAGCUGAUGACAUUCGGUGGCAAACCGUACGACGGCAUCCCAACGCGAGAAAUCCCAGACAUCCUGGAGAAGGGGGAGCGCCUGCCCCAGCCUCCCAUAUGCACCAUCGACGUCUACAUGGUCAUGGUGAAAUGCUGGAUGAUUGAUGCAGACAGCAGGCCGAAGUUCAAGGAACUAGCCGCCGAGUUCUGCAGAAUGGCUCGUGAUCCGCAGCGGUAUCUGGUCAUCCAGGGGGACGACAGGAUGAAGCUCCCCAGCCCCAAUGAUAGCAAGUUCUUCCAGAGCCUUUUGGACGAAGAGGACCUUGAUGACUUGAUGGAUGCAGAGGAGUAUCUGGUGCCUCGGGGUUUUAACGUGACCGCUUCGUCGGGCACAGCGAGGCCUCGGGUCGACUCCAACAGAAACCAGUUUGGCUAUCGAGAUGGGGGCCCAAAUGCGUCGGAAGGAGCCCUGGCCGGGGCACAAAGCAGCGGAAACCAGGAAGCUUCUGGCAGCCAGGGACCAGCUCCGGAGGACCAGCGCUGCAAUGGAAGUCUGCACAGAAAGAGCCAGAGCCAAGCUGCAGGGGAAGACAGCGGGACCCAGAGAUAUAGUGCCGACCCCACCAUCUUCCUGGGGGACAGAACGUCCAGAGGCGACACUGAUGAGGACGGCUACAUGACGGCAAUGAAAGACAAGAGUUCCUCAGAGUAUCUGAACCCUAUCGAGGAGAACCCCUUUGUAUCCAGGCGUAAAAAUGGUGAGAUCCACGCUUUGGACAACCCUGGGUACCACAGCACGCCCAACAGUCAACCUAAAGGAGAGGAUGAGUACAUCAACGAGCCCCUCUACCUCAAUACCUUCCACAAUUCUGCUGAGCUGGGCCUGGAGGCCCUGAGGAGGAACGGUUUACCCUUACCCAAUCUGCCUCCUUCUUCCAUCUCAGCCUCUGCACCAGGUUCCCAUCUCCCACUUACAGUUCAGACCAGUCUGCCCCACUACCCUUUGCCCUCGGUACAACCAUCUCCUGCUGGCCUGCCCUGCCUCCAUGUCCCAGCAACUCACAUCCUCCAUACCCACAACACCAUCAAACCUCCAGGUGGCUCCGUCACUACAAGCCAAGCAGGAACUUCUGCUCAAGCCCAGGUGAGCCAAUCCGGUUCCCUUUCAACUUCAGCCACCUUUGGGCAUGGAAGCCUGCCAGCGUACCAGACCUUCACCCAUUCACAUCCGGGGAGCUUGCUGAAACAUGGAGGGCAUACAUCAGGAAAGGCCAGCGGGAAGAAGCUCAAGGUAACCUUUGACAAUCCUGAGUACUGGCAGCACAGCUUGCCCCCAAAAUCAUCCAUACAGGUGGCCCCUGACGGGGCCCAGGGAGGCACAACCAAUGCCAAGCUCUUCUACAAACAGAACGGACACAUACGGCCAGCGGUAGCCGAAAACUCAGAGUACAUGUCUGAAUUUGCUCUAAAGUCCGGCACUGUUCUGCCACCUCCCCCCUACAGGCAGCGAAACACUGUGGUCUAGAUUGCCCCACCCACCCCCCAAUCUGCCGUCCGGACAUCCUAUCUGGUUCCACCAUCAGUGGCGUCGAACAAAAAAAACGACCCGACUCUUUGCCAUCUGCUGUAGCAACAUCCAAAGGAGUUGGACAGGUAUAACCAACUCGGACACCUUCCCUAUAUCCAGUCUGGUCCAUUUCUAUUUGUAGAUAGACUCUUACGACUCGAUGAGAUGCUUAUGGCAAAAAGAUCAGGUGGUGGAGGUACUCUGUGAUGAUGCACCAAGGCAGACGCACAAAGGAUCCAGCUUUGGGGACAUGAACUCACUGCCAGCCACCUUGGUGUCAAUUCUGUGAGAGAAACAAAGGCUUUUCUAUUAUUUGCCAGCAAAAAAAGAAAAAAGAAAAGCAAAGAGGAUGAGCAAUAGUUUCUUAAAUAGGAAAACCAUCACUGAAUGAGGUGGAAAAAGAAUAAAGAAUGUGAGAAAAGAACAAGGCGCAGUAUGGAAGGAGCAACAGAAAAAGACUUACCCGUCAUAUUCAGUGUUUUUGCCUUUCGGGUUAUAACGUGUGUUCUUGAAUUUUCCAUCAAAUGUGUGAAAAUCAUCUAAUCCUAUUGUUACUGUGAUGAUGUGAUGGCCAGAACUACAACGAUCUCUUUUCUUUGUAGUUCAACCUCAGACUUUAUACAACCGCCUGAAAAUAUCCAGGGCAACUACUGUUAGUUAUUUCCUUUGUUUGUUUUUGGUGGACUGCUGUAAGCUUGGAGAUGAUGAUCAAAAAUCCCAUUCAAGGGGGGAAAAGUACACUGUUGUUACUUUUCUAUACACUACUGAAAAUGAUUCAUUUUCUACACUGUUUUUUUUCCCUUUCACAUCUCAAAGCUAAAUUUAAUGAGUAAAUGUGAAGUAAAUUGCUGCAGACAGACAACAGUGAAAAGAUCAUCUGGAAAGCAGCAGAACUCAAAAAGUAGAUCACAGGGAGAGGAAUUCCUCGGAAGAAAUUUUAGCGAAGGUUUCUACAAGCUGACUGAUGAAGACCUCAAGGAACGAUUGUGGCAGUACAAGCAGGGUGCAGGAAAAUAGACAACCUGUUAAUGCGUGCUUGCAUCAGUGUGAUUGGGAUGAGUGACUAUGUGUGUUUCAGCAAGCCAUCUUGGCCCCUUUGAGAAAGAGAAGUAUCGUUAUUAACAACUUAGUAGUGUUGUUAUUAACAGCUAUAGAUAUUAACCAACAAUGUGCUUACGAGGGGUGAAUUUUGGCAUGGGUAUUGCAAUAAGAUACGUGUCACGAUAUUUGGAUCACAAUACGAUAUUAUCGCAAUAUCAUUAUAUAUUGUGAUAUUUUUCCAGCUAUCAAAAUUAAAUGAAAAAUAAAUAGAUAAUAUAACAGAGAGCAAGAGUUGUAUAUGUUUAUCAGAAGAUAUUGAUCACUUAGUUAUUUUGGUAUCCAUGGUGUUUGGGGUUUGAGUCAGUCCACUUCUUCCACCGUGACUGCCUCAACUAUAGAUAUGGUGUUGCGCCGUACAGCAAAGGGGCUCCAAUGCUCUAUCUGUCAUAGUGGCGAUGCCGCAGUAGUCCAUUUUAGCUCAUCAUUUUAGGUUAAAAAAAUGUUUUUUUUCAAUAUUAGGAACUGAAAGAUUGAUAUUAUAUCGAUCAUCUGAAAAUCUCGAUAAUAUCGCCAAAUCGAUUUUUCCCCACACCAUUAGUGCUUACACUGGUAGUGAAAAAUCUUUAGGAAUGGGUCAGUAGCAACAAAUCUCCGGAAACAUUCUAGAGUCCUCACGGUCCAGGGAUUUUUCUGGACACAUACUGUAGUUUUACACUGGACCUCUUGAUCUGUCCUCUACAGUACUGCUGUUUCCUUAGUGGUUUUCGCAUCAUAUUUGUCAAUAUUUUUUAAGCUAACGCAAUGAAAUUUCUUAUUAAGCUCAUAAAUUGUAGGGAUCAAAAUGUCUGCAUACUAAGAAGGUAAUUCAACCAUUUGAUUCAGGUAUAGCAACUUUUCACGACACCUUUGGUCGUCCUGAUUGCACUGCUUUGCCGUUAAGAUUGCGAAAACCUACAACCAUAGGACCGGUAUAAUAAAAGUUUUAUAUCACAUAAAGUGAUUUAAAAAUUGUUUUUACACCAUGCUCAUGCUAAAUAUGAACUUUUUUUUCCCAUAUUAGCUUUGUUGUUAUCAAGAUUAAGUAAAAAGUACUCAGUCGUCAGGCCAGUGUGAAAAUGUAAAGAACAACGGCUUGACCUCCAGGAAGGCAGCCAUUUUCUGCGCUGUUCUUUUCAGGAUCAUCAUUCCAACUCCCUCGGGUGUCUUCUGCACUUCCUUACUGGUUCUUCCUCUAUGAUUUUUUCUUGCUCCGUUUCACACAGCUAAAUAGUCUAACGUACAUUAAAUCCUCUAAUUAUGGCAAAGAAAAAGAUAUUUCCAGGCAAUCAACUUCUCACAGGGCAGAUUACAUAUGAAGUUUAAAUAUAGACAGAAGGAUGGGCUGCUAGGCUAACAGUAUGAGGUUAUUUACAUUUACAUUUUUAUAUUACUUCAGUUAAUUUAUUGAUGCAUUAACUGCAUCAAUCUGCAUUUAUCCGAAAGCCAAUAAUCUCUGUCUCCAAUUUGUGUCAAAGGUGUGUGAUAUUCUCAAAGAUCUUUCUUUUAAAUUAGUCGUUUACUCAUUUUUACUCAGUCUUCGUUCGCCAUUGAAACUGCGUCAUUGUUAAAACUGAUAUACAUGCUGAGCUCAUUUCUAUCAGAGCUGUGUUUUUUAUUAACCUUAUUUAUAUAUUUAAUGGUGUCUGAACGAGUUUGACUAUGCACAUGUAAAGCUGUAUAUGUUUUUCCUUUCCCUGGAGCACUUUGAUCAAAGCCAUGGGUAGAAAGUGUGCGUUAUACCCUGCCUCGCUGAAAUAUUCAGCUUGUUUAUAUGGUAGUUUAACACUUCGGAAAUCAAAAGCUGAAGCGUGAGUCUAAGGAAAGUAAUGCCUUCAAGAGUUCAAUGAGGAAAAAGAAACAGAUUUGACGGUGUUGCCUGCCAGCGGAAAAAUAAAUGCUUUUUUCAGUUUUUUUUAAUAACAUUUAAAAUUCCUAUGAACAUAUUAUGACUAAUUCAUCAAAUAGUGUCUUGUAACUGCCUUUGCAACUCUAAUUCUGUGAAAUAGAGACAAAUUUUCAUAUCAAAGUUAAAUAUUUAUAGCAUAUUUUAGCUUGUUUAUGCUGAGCAAUGGAAGAAAAAUUCCUAUUCUGGGAUUAUAAUUUGGUAGAAAAGAGUAGACGAGCUAAAAUAAAAUCUAUGCUAGGCAUUGUUUGCCCUCAAUGAAACUGGAGGUAAAGGCAGAUUAUAUGAGUAUAUUAAGAAUCACUGGAUUACAAACUAUAUAUGACCGAGAGGGUAACUGAGUUGCUAAAACAUGGAAAAUCCAAGCCCAUCAGAGCUAUUCUGCUUUAAAGGGGUCAUAGAAUGAUUAUAUAGGGUAUUUGGUGCUGGUCCUUAAGGUCCCUGAACAGGGUGUGUAACAUUGGUUGGGCUGAAAAUGGCAUAUUUGCUGUUCUAUGAGCCCUAAUACAAGCCUGGAUAAAAGCCCUAGAAUAAAACAAAAGGUUUUCUUCCUUUUAUGGUAUGCUAAUGAAUAUUUAGAUGAGCCGUGCCCUGAUUGGUUGGUUUACAACGAGCAAAGGUGUUGAGCAAAGACGCAUCAUAGCAACAAGCACUCGCUCAAUGAAACAUCAGAAUUGUUGAUAUGGUAGGGUGACCAGACGUCCUCUUUUUCCCGGACAAGUCCUACUUUUCAUACCUAAAAAUGCAUGUUGUCGAAACACACCGGGCAUUCCAACUGAGUCGUCAGCCCCGGGGCUGGUCGCUCCGUAGUCGGCGGCGUACCGCGUUACGGAAUGCACCCCCUGCAUACCGUAACCGGGUCAGUUUUAGUCACUCCGUCCCCGGCUGUCUCGGUUCGAAUUCCCGGACCGGUAGAAAGCCAAAAUUGGCUAGCAUUGCUUAGCAACAAAAUAUUACCUAUAGCUUGCAGUUGUAAUGGCCUUACGGUCGGAACAGUCCCUCGUUUCAGUAAAAGAAGUUUAGAAAAUCCUGCUUUGAACUGUCAAAGAUUUUGAAAGCUGUCUUCGGUAAAAUGCUUAGAGCAAAUGAACAUCAAAAUUUGCAGGGAUCUUCUGAUAGACAAAAAUAAUCCAUGCCUGUCGAGUCUUUAGAUCCUUGGGAAAACUUUGUAAAUGUCUUCACAGUCUGUAUGUAAAUGUAUGCCAAUGUAGGCCAGAACCAAAAAAGGCAACAUCCCCGAAUUGACGUCGACUCAGGGCUUUGUUUGAAUUUGUCGGUUUUAUGGUGGAAUUUUAGAAUUGUGAGUUUUGCAGAGAAAGGAGGU